AUGAAUUCUCGCCGGCGAACAUACACGGCUGAAAUUCCGACGUCGUUGUUCCCCGAAUUCAAUGUUCCAGCGCUUCUAGCACCGUGCAUUAUUGGAUUGUGGGAUCUAAUGAUUCCCUCAGAGCUCCUGCAGGAUAUACUUUCCCGCCUCGGAUUAAAAGACAACAUACGAGCUUCCUCUGUAUGCAAGACAUGGCGUGAAGCAGCUGUUCCUUUCCGGAAGUUACAGCCUCGUCCUUGGCUUUUUUACCCUGCUAAUCCUACUGAUUCACAGUAUAUUCUUUCUGACCCAUCACGUUCUCAAACAUACAAGUUCAAUUUUCCAGAGCUGAAGUACUAUAGAAUAUUCUCUUUUUCAAGGGAUGGUUGGUUGCUUGUGCUAAAAUUUGCACCCUGGACAUUAUUCUUACUUAACCCGUUUACCCGGGAGCACAUCUACUUACCCAAGUUGCCACACUAUUCCAUAGGCUAUUGCGUACCUUUCUCCGAAUUGCAACCAUAUUACACAAGUUAUCGCAUAGGUCUCUCAGCCGCUCCUACAUCAACUAGUUGUUUGGUGAUCUCAUUCAACUACACAGAUUUCAAACCAUAUAUUGUGAUCAAUACUUGGCAGCCUGGGAAAACCGUAUGGACCACCCAUCGCUUUGAGAACCAGUUAAAUCUCAAAUGGGCCGAAUGUCUCUUCUCGAAUGGUAUGUUCUAUUGUCUCAGUUCCUGCAGCUACCUCGGGGUUUUCGACCCGACUAGAGCAACCUGGAAUAUUCUUCCAGUGAAACCAUGUCCCGCCUUUGGUCAGGUAAGGUUUGGUAGGCCAAUGUUGAUGACAGAGCAUGAAGGAGACAUCUUUGUUAUUUUAACACGCGACAACAAGAACCCCUUGGUGUUUAAGCUAAACCUUAACAGAAAUGUAUGGGAAGAGAAGAGAGAUCUCGGUGGGUUAACAGUAUUCAUAAGUCUCCAUGUCACUCUUACAAGAGCUGGUCUCCCAUCGGAGAUGAGGAACAGAAUAUAUGCAUCGCAUGACCGGCGACAUGACAUGUACUACUCUUUUGGUGAUGAGACAAGUUCACUUCCCCUUUCAACACCUUUUUUGCCUUACAGCGUCGUUUGGAUUGAUCCACCUCACAACGUUAAACUGUAA